UUGUCUUUUUGACGGUAUGUUUUCGUGCUUCUGGGAAUCCUGCAGAUUGCACUGCAAUGUUCACCUCAGGGAUCYUGAAGGCAGACGCAGCGACUUUAGAAAGCACAUCGAAUUCACCUGACCUCGAGGCAUACAAAGCUAUAGUGAAUACGAGCAUGUCUUGGUGUGCUAAUGCCGCUGACACUUUUCAACAUUUACAGAUUAAUCUCGGUCAACUGAGGAAUGUCACUAGYAUUGACAUACAAGGAUAUAAACCCGGCUUUGUGACGUACAUCAAGUCAUUUAUGGUAUCAUAUACUAAGACUGGUGCAUGGGAAUACUUUAAAGAUAACAGCAAUAAYUACAAAAUUUUUAGUAACGCGCCAACUGAUGAGAAUGAAAUCAUCAAUCAUCCACUUCCUCUCUCAGCAACUAAAAUCAGAAUCAACCCGCAAAGUUGGGAAAACUGGAUUUGUUUAAAGAUAGAGCUGUACACUUGUGAUCCAGUUGAUGGWGAUUUCUCUGACUGGUCCCCCUGGGGAGAAUGUAUGGCAAACUCUACUCAAAAACGAUCGCGAGCAUGUGACUCCCCUCCCCCUGCGAGAGGAGGUUUGGACUGCAAUGGAAAUUUCACAAUGACAAGACAGUGUACUCCGAACAUAACAGGGAGACUAACCAGUCUUCUUUUUAAGAACUUACAAAAAUUUCUCAAACAAUUCUGUUGUUUCUAUUCAAUAGAAAUCGUCUGGGAGUUUGUACCAAACGCAAAGAUCCACAGGCUGAAAAAUGUUAUAAUUCCUGUAGCGGCCAGUGUUACAACCUCUGCUGUUAUUUCUGGUUCACUUGGUCUGAUUUACUGGAUUAUUAAAAACAAACUCACUAAAGUGUAA